AUGGAUAUGUUGGCCACCACCCCUGCUAUGAUUUUGUUGAUGGUUGAAAUCCUCCUUCAACUGAGCACCCACUUGAGAAAACAUAAAUCAAAUCUUACUUUUGAGGAUGUUAUUGUGACUUACUUGAUGUCAGAAGACAAAGACAUUCUUAUGAAGAUGUCUUGUAGAUAUUGGGGCAGACCAAUUGGAUGGCCUUUGAGUUUACUUUUCUUAAUGGCAAUUCAAAACCUUGCCAAGUGUAUAGUCAACAUUCAAGCUUCCAAACAAUGGAGAAGACUUGAUUACUUACCUCAUGUUUCUGCAAAUGUUGUGAAGCCCAAAUUCUUUGGCAUAACAGCAUCUGAGAAAAGGAGUCAACAAAUUAGAGCCGGAAUGGAUUUUCUAUUCCAACUGAUGAGGCCCUGGCUAUCUGCAGGUCAUCCUGGGGCCAAGCCUGCUCAGCCUGAACUUAGAUCAUCAGCUAAGCCAUUGAGAAAUGCACCUGAACCCAAUCAUUCUGAUUCAGAUGGCAAAUCAAGUGAAACCAACAAACCAGGAGGCAGAGGUGAUACUACCAAUGAUGGUUCAACUUCCAAGUUGAGGGCUUUUUCUUUGUCCCAAAGAAUUGCCAGGUAUUCUGAAUCAUUAUCAAGCUCAGAACAAGAAUUAGAUAAUACAUCUCAAGAUAUUGAUACUGCUGAUCUGGAUGAUCCUAUUGAUCAAUCUCAUCAGCCUGGUAAACCCAAUCAGGACAGCACAGAUGGACCAGGUGGAGCCAGGAGAUGA